UUUCGAAGGAAUGCGCGAGUGUCGCGCGCGCGGAUUUGCAGUUAAUCAAUCGAAGCGCGCGCCGCCGCGAGCUCAGCAGUCACACCGGAGCGCGAGGACCGUCCGCAGCUCAGCUCAGCUCACCUGAACACAAUCAAGCGAGCGGCGAACCGGCUUCUUCCUCACGGUCCGUUCAUCUGUUCAGCUGUUUCCCCGAGGCUGGACUCGGUACCGUAGGGUCAGCAGACAGAACCGGUCCUGAGGUACCGGACUGGUAGUCAGAAAAACUCAUUUUCAAUCGUUAACGGGAGGAAAGAGAAAAGGAAACAUGCCGCUCGCUCAGCUGGCAGAGCCAUGGCCCAAAAUGGAGCUAAUACAACUGGAGACUGAGAACGGACAGAGCACAGCUGAAGAUGGAGUCGCUCCGGGGGUCAAGGAAGAUCAUGUCAUCAAGGAGAUCAACAUUACGCAUGUGGUCAAGGAAGGGGCAGAGAAGGCCGACCCCUCUCAAUUCGAGCUGCUCAAGGUGCUCGGACAAGGAUCUUUCGGCAAGGUGUUCCUGGUGCGCAAGGUGACCCAACCUGAUGCAAACCAGCUCUACGCCAUGAAGGUCCUCAAGAAGGCCACGCUUAAAGUACGUGAUCGAGUUCGGACCAAGAUGGAGAGGGACAUCCUCGCGGAUGUGAAUCACCCGUUUGUGGUCAAACUGCACUACGCUUUUCAGACGGAGGGGAAGCUCUAUUUGAUCCUGGACUUUCUGCGUGGAGGUGACCUCUUCACCAGACUCUCAAAGGAGGUGAUGUUUACAGAGGAGGAUGUGAAGUUCUACCUGGCGGAGCUGGCUCUGGGUCUGGAUCACCUGCACGGCCUUGGCAUCAUCUACAGAGAUCUGAAACCUGAAAACAUCCUGUUGGAUGAAGAGGGGCACAUCAAACUCACAGAUUUUGGACUCUGUAAGGAGUCUAUAGACCACGAGAAGAAGGCCUACUCGUUUUGUGGUACAGUGGAGUACAUGGCCCCCGAGGUGGUGAACAGGCAGGGCCACAUACACAGCGCUGACUGGUGGUCGUUUGGGGUGCUGAUGUUUGAGAUGCUCACAGGUUCUCUACCGUUUCAAGGAAAAGAUCGUAAGGAGACGAUGAACCUCAUCCUGAAGGCGCGGCUGGGGAUGCCUCAGUUUUUGAGUGCAGAAGCACAGAGUCUGCUGAGAGCUCUGUUCAAGAGGAACCCCAUUAACAGACUGGCUUCUGGACCAGACGGUGCAGAGGAGAUUAAACGUCAUGCUUUCUUCUCAACCAUCGACUGGAAUAAACUUUUCCGUAUGGAGAUCAAGCCUCCUUUUAAGCCUGCUGUGGCCCGACCGGACGACACUUUUUAUUUUGACUCGGAGUUUACCUCCCGCACCCCUAAAGACUCCCCCGGUAUCCCCCCGAGUGCGGGCGCUCAUCAGCUCUUCCGCGGCUUCAGCUUCAUUGCCACGGCGCUGCUGGAAGAGGAGGGCACGGAGGAGUUCACCCAGCCCCCUCCGCACCCUGUGGUGCAGCAGUUACAUGGUAAGAACUCUGCGUUCAAUGAUGGAUAUGUACUGAAGGAGGAUAUCGGCAUGGGAUCUUUCUCUGUGUGCAAGCGCUGCGUUCACAAGGCCACUAAUACUGAAUAUGCAGUCAAGGUCAUUGAUAAGACCAGCACAGAUCCGUCAGAAGAGAUCGAGAUUCUGUUGCGAUACGGCCAACAUCCCAACAUCAUCACAAUGAAAGAUGUAUAUGAUAACGGGAAGCUGGUUUACCUGGUGACUGAGCUGAUGAGAGGCGGUGAGCUGCUCGAUCGGAUCCUUAAACAGAAGUUCUUCUCGGAGAGAGAAGCCAGCUCUGUGCUGCACACCAUUACCAAGACUGUGGAAUACCUGCACUCUCAAGGGGUGGUGCACAGAGACCUAAAGCCCAGUAAUAUUCUGUACGUGGAUGAAUCUGGAAACCCAGAGUCUUUGAGGAUCUGCGACUUUGGCUUCGCCAAGCAACUCCGUGCCGACAACGGCCUCCUAAUGACUCCCUGCUACACCGCUAACUUUGUCGCUCCUGAGGUACUGAAAAGGCAAGGCUACGAUGAGGCCUGUGAUAUCUGGAGUCUGGGAGUGUUGCUGUACACUAUGCUAGCUGGUUUCACUCCCUUUGCUAACGGUCCAGAGGACACACCAGAAGAGAUUCUGAGCAGGAUAGGGAACGGCCAUUUCACCCUGACCGGUGGCAACUGGGUUGCAGUGUCUGACGCCGCCAAGGAUUUGGUGUCGAAGAUGCUGCACGUGGACCCUCAUCAGAGACUAACGGCUAAGCAGGUGCUUAAACAUCCAUGGAUCGUACAGAGAGAUCAGCUUCCCAACAGCCAGCUGCAGCACCAGGAUGCCCAGCUUGUCAAGGGGGCGAUGGCUGCCACGUACUCGGCCCUGAAGAGUUCCCAGCCGACACCCGAACUCCAACCCAUCGAGUCUUCGGUCCUAGCCCAGAGGCGGGUCAAAAAACUUCCCUCCACCUCUCUGUAAGGACGGCGAGACCGCGGCGGAGAAAGUUCGAGAGCGCUUUUGAAAGAAAGAAAGAAAAAAAAAAAGAACAGAAGCCAUAUGAAAGCCAUGCUGUGAAGCUCUGUGGACUGAAAAUGCUCUCUUCGACUUGCACGUGCUAUCAGCAGGCUAACGGAGCUCGCACAAGCUGUCAAACAGAAUAGGUGGUGGCUAUGAGUAUGACUGGCACGUGGAUGAAUGGAGCGCUGUGACUGCAGUGCUCUGUUAGGGAAGUCUUCAGUGUGAAUGUGUACAUGAAUGUGGCUGUGUGUGUAGGGAAGAGCCACACAGAACUAAAGACUAUCGAAAUCAAAAGCUGUUUGUCUCAGACAAAAGUUUCCAUUUUGUUUAAGUGUCUUGUUUUCUUCUUGUUUGCUAACUCUGUUGACCACAAGCUUAAGUCUAGUCCACACACAGACUAGAAACAAGCUUUUCCACGCGGAUAUGAGUGUAAGACGUUGACCGGGUGCUUUGUGGGUACAGGAUGGGUGGUCUUGCAUGGCUGCAGAUUUGUUCAGUGCUGUAUUGUUGCUUUGCCAUGCUGAUUAUUGCUUUGUGACACAGGUUUGCACAGGGUUGGGGUGUUUUCAAUGUUUCCAUUUCCUUUAAUUGUCCAAAACCAGGAAGAAGCAGAAUAUGAUGAUGUGUUAAAUCUCAAAGCAAAGCCUCUGUAGUGGCAUGCUAGAGAUCUUGUAUUUUUGCUAAGUACUUUUUUCUCUGGAUAUUGAUUGCCGUUUCCUGUGUUUUCAUGGUUCGAUUGUGGUUCUGCCGUUUUGUUUGUUCUGUCAAAGAAAAGUAAUUUUAUAAAUGCAUGCUGAUCACAACUGAUAUAAAAGUAAGAGCCUGAGUGAUGACUGCAGGUCCUCGUUGCUGUUUGUGAUUCUUUUUUGUUAUUUGUCCUACUCAUGUUGAAAGAAAGGUGAAUAAGUCUGUUGUCACACCAGCUUUAACUAAUUCUGAGGAUCAAAACAGUUACAAAAUACACAGGUACUCGCACUAUCCACGUUAAAACUACAGGCAUACACACAUUUAUCUGGAUAUACGAUGAGAAAUCCAACGACUUGAAGAAAGACUUACACUGAUUAGACACGAUAGCCAAUUCAAUCAAUAAUAAAGUAAAAUUUUUAUAUAAAUGACUCGAAUAAAUGAGCUGAAAUAAUAAAACCUGUGCAAAUAGCACAAAUUUACUUAAGCUGUUAAUCUGUAUUAACUCAAUUACCUCCAAAUAGCUGUUUCAAUUCCAUACUGAUUCACUUUACAAUGACUAGAAUUAAGCUGGGGCUCAUGUCACAAAUGACCCAGUAAAAUACAGACUGAAUUACUUUUAAAUUUGGUUUAUGCAUCAACUUACUAAAUAGUUUCAUCUCACAUGAGCACAGCCACUAAAUCAUGAGCAAAUAAAGUUAUUAAUCAGUAAAGCAAAUCAGAUUUAGUUCCUGAAUCACUCUUGGAUGAUUCUAUUAGUCUUUAACACGGAAUCACUCCUAAAUGACUCGACAUGAAUCAAGAAUCACAAGCGCUGUUGUAAAUACUAAAUCCUACAUCACCCCCAAGUGGUUUAAUUCACUAAAAUUACUGCAGCACAACCAUAUAGAUUAAUUUAAUGACUUAUUUUCAUAUUAAAUUACAACUAAAUGACUGAAUCAACAGCAAACGUCUCCAAUUUGAUUCAGUUAUGUGUUUCAUUGUUCUGAUGCUACCGUGCUACAAUGGAGUUGCCCUAAGAAUUGAGAAAACACUUCCGUCUCGGCUCCUAGUGUCAGAAAUCGUGACUCAAAAUGAAUUCAUUUGAAGUAAUUAUGCGAUCGCUCCUAAAGCACGGAUUGGUAUAGAAUCAGUAUCAGGAAACCUGAAUUUGAACAGUGUCACUUAAAUGAUUCAUUUCACAUACCGACUGUUUAUAAAAUAGCACCACAGUUUCACAUUGAAUCACAUUUUGACUGUAAGAGACUGAGACCUGUAUUCAGAAAUCAUUAAUACAGAAUUAAAUGAGCGAGGUGUGACAAUAAUGAUGUGAAACGUCUUUUGUACUGUACAUGUUAGUAAAGUAUAUUAUAUAUCUAUUUUCCUGUACUGUUUCUGAAUUAUGACUUGAAUUGUUUCUUUUUAUUUGCUUAUAAGAGAAUCGACACAACAUGGCACGUCCUCGCAAAGCUCAAGACUGACGUUUCUUUCCUUUAACAAGAAAUAAAGGCUGUUGGGUGAGGAUUGGCGCUGAUGAAAUGUGUUACUACAUAAAGGUGUUCAUGUUUCUGCUCUGUAGCUUAAGGUGGGCCUAAGUUGUGUGUGUGUGUGUGCCUCUAAUGAGACGAGACGGGUCUGAAGUGUUUGGUUCCUGAUGCCUUUCUAUUAAACACGUUAUUCUGCCCUGAC